GGAGGUGCGGCGCGAGCCGCGGAGGGCGGCGUAACCGGAGGCGGAGGGGGCGGAGCCGCGCUCACAGCUGCCACCCGGCCGCCGGGCCCAGGCAGAGGCCACCCGCCCGCCGCCGGGCACGCACCGCGCGCAGACACUCUCCAAACAAUGCUCCGGGGCGCCCGGUUGGGCGGCAGACGGCUCGGCCACCGACGGCGAGGCCAGUGGAGCGCAGCCCUGAGGAGGCUGCCCUGGGACCUACCUCUGCCUUCCACAAGACUACGCCAGAUAGCUGGGCACAAGAUGAACCAGCACACCAUUGGCCCACGAUGCUCCAGACCAUCGGACUGAACCCCGAGAGCCCCAAAAUGUCUGCGUGCAGUGACUUUGUGGAGCACAUCUGGAAGCCCGGGUCCUGCAAGAACUGCUUCUGCCUGCGGAGUGACCACCAGCUGGCAGCUGGCUGUCCCCAGCCCAGAGCAGGCAACCUGCCCCCUCCACCUCGCCUGCCCCCCAGGCCUGAGAACUGCCGCCUUGAAGAUGAAGGUGUGAAUAGCUCACCCUACUCCAAGCCCACAAUUGCUGUGAAACCCACCAUGAUGAGCUCCGAGACUUCCGAUGUGUGGACAGAGGCCAACCUGAGUGCUGACGUCUCACAGGUACUCUGGAGACGAGCCCCGGGCAAGCUCUCCCUUCCCAAGCAGGAAAACGUGCCAGUAGUUUACCUGGGCAGCUUCCGUGGCAUACAGAAGCCUGCUGCGGCCCCUGCCUGCGCCGAUGGCGGCUCCCGCUGCCCCCCUGCCUAUGCCAUGGUGGGCCUGCACAACCUGGAGCCCCGGGGGGAAAGGAACAUUGCCUUCCACCCUGUGAGUUUCCCAGAUGAGAAGGCUGGGCGGGAAGAGAAACCCUCAUUUCCCAACCAAGAGCUGCCCUCCGCUCAGGAGAGCUUCCGCCAGAAACUGGCGGCCUUUGCCGGGAUGACUUCUGGCUGUCACAAGGGCCCCAGGCCCUGCCCCUCUCCACAGCCAAUGCGGGAGCCCCUGCCCUCAGAGGAUGACAGUGAUCAAAGGUGCUCCCCUUCAGGGGACAGUGAAGGUGGAGAAUACUGCUCCAUUGUGGACUGUUGCCCCGGGAGCCCUGUUGCCAAGGACGCUGCGCACGCGGAGGGUUCCCGGGGCAGACCUGGCGGAGGGGACUGCUCGCCAACCUGCUGGGAGCAGGGAACUCGUGCUGGGUCUACCGAGGAGGAGAAGCAGGUUCGGAGCUUCCCCAGGGACUGCUGUAACCAGGGCCCCACAGCAAACCGGCCCCACCUGGGGCCCAAGAAGCUGUCCCUUGCCUCAGAUGCUGCCAGUUCUUCGGAUGGCCUGUCCUGCGGCAGCACCAGCAGUGGGGCCAGCAGCCCCUUUGCUGCCCACCUUGAGAGCGAUUACUGCUCCCUGGUGAAGGAACCUGAAUCUGGGAAGCAGCAGGACUCUGGCUGCCACAUGAUGACCUCUAGCAGGUGCCUAGGGCUGGCUGGAGAGCCCCAGGCCCCACCCCACCCCAGGGAGGCCGUACAGUCAGAACCCAUCUAUGCCGAGAGCACCAAGAGGAAGAAGCCAGUGCCAGUGCCUUCCAGGCCACAGGCCAAGGCAGAACAGACAGCAGCUACUCCAGGCCAAGGCCAGGGCCAGGUAUGGACAGGUGACGCCUGGGCCCAGAAAACAGUGUCUGGCUGGGGUCAGGACAGGGAAGGCUCAGACAUGACUCCCCAGGUAUCAGCCACCAUUACAGUCAUGGCAGCCCACCCAGAAGAGGACCAUCGGACCAUCUACCUGAGUAGCCCUGACUCUGCAGUGGGGGUGCAGUGGCCACGUGGCCCUGUGAGCCAGGACUCAGAGGUUGGUGAAGAGCAGACUUCAAGUGCGCAGGGACUGAGCUCCAGUGAAAGCCACCCUCAUGAUGUGACUGAGAACACACCCAAAGGAAGGCCUGCCAUUCCCCCCAAGCUGUCCAAGAGUAGUCCUGGCGCCUGCCCCGCAUCACCAUCUUCUUCCCCACUGACUGACCUCAGUGAGGGAAGCUCCAGUGGCAGUGGCAUUGGAUCCCAGCCUUCAUCCAAAGGCCCCACUGACCCCACUUCCUCCUGCCGAACCAAUGGUAUUGUCAGUAACGACCCUGCCAGGUGUCCCCCACCUGCCACCUCUUCAGCCUUGGACCAGAGGAGGCCCAGAUACCAGACUGGUGCCUGGAGUCGUCAGUGCCGGAUAGAGGAAGAGGAAGAAGUAGAGCAGGAGUUGUUAAGUCAAAGCUGGAGAAGAGAGACAGAAAAUGGCAUCAUGGACCAUUCAAAUUCCUCUACAUGGCACCGUCUCCACACCACUGAUGGCUCCUCUGUACAGAACAGCAAAGCCGGGACUGGGAUGAGCAAAUCAGCUUCUUUUGCCUUUGAGUUUCCCAAGGACAGAAGCAGGAUGGAAGCAUUCUCACCUCCUCCCCCACCUCCAAAGUCCAGGCACCUUUUAAAAAUGAACAAGAGCAGUUCUGAUUUGGAAAAAGUGAGCCAGAGCUCUGCAGAGAGCCUCAGCCCAUCCUUCAGGGGCGUCCCCAUCAGCUUCACCACCGGCUCCACGGACAGCCUGGCCUCAGACUCAAGGACCUGCAGUGAUGGAGGUCCAUCCUAUGAGCCGACCCACUCGCCCACCAUCAGCGGGAAGAAGCUUUUUGCUCCUGUCCCAUUCCCUUCGGGCUCCACCGAGGAUGUGUCCCACAGUGGCCCUGCUCAACCCCCACCACUGCCCCAGAAAAAGUUAGUGAGCCGGGCAGCCUCUUCUCCUGAUGGCUUCUUCUGGACUCAAGGCUCCCCCAAGACACGAACCGCAAGCCCUAAGCUGAACCUAAGCCACUCGGAAACCAAUGUCUGUGUCCAUGAUGAGACUCACUUUAGCUAUUCCCUGAGCCCUGGGAACCGCCAUCACCACGUCUUCUCCUCUUCUGAGCCUCUGGAGAGAGCUUUCAAAGGCAAUGGCCACUGGGUCCCAGUCCCAGGGCUGGCGGGCAGCAAAGGCAGCUGUGGGAGCCCCAGCCUCCAGUGCAAAGCAGCCGCCUCCACCUCGUCCUCCCAGCUCAGCGUGUGCAGCCAGGCCUCCUCCGGCAGCACCCAGCUGCAGCUCCACAGUCUCCUGAGCAGCAUCAGCAGCAAGGAAGGCACCUACGCCAAGCUGGGGGGGCUCUACACGCAGUCCCUGGCCCGUCUCGUGGCCAAGUGUGAGGACCUCUUCAUGGGUGGCCAGAAAAAGGAGCUCCACUUCAACGAGAACAACUGGUCCCUCUUCAAGCUGACUUGUAACAAGCCCUGUUGUGACUCGGGGGACGCUAUUUAUUACUGUGCCACCUGCUCCGAGGAUCCCGGCAGCACCUAUGCUGUGAAAAUUUGCAAAACCCCUGAGCCCAAAACAGCCUCGUACUGCAGUCCCUCUGUGCCUGUGCACUUCAACAUCCAGCAGGACUGUGGCCAUUUUGUGGCCUCAGUGCCCUCCAGCAUGCUCACCUCCCCAGAUGCACCCAAGGAUCCUCUGCCUGCCCCACCUUCACAGCCCCCUGCACAGGAGCAGGACUGUGUGGUGGUCAUCACCCGAGAGGUGCCCCAUCAGACGGCCUCUGACUUUGUGCGGGACUCUGCUGCCAGCCAUCGGGCUGAGCCUGAGGUUUAUGAGCGGCGUGUGUGCUUCCUGCUUCUGCAGCUCUGCAACGGGCUGGAGCAUCUGAAGGAGCACAGGAUCAUCCAUCGGGACCUGUGCCUGGAGAAUCUGCUGCUGGUGCACUGCAGCCCCCAGGCCUCCCCAGGGCCCUCCCCUAACGUCCCCGCCCCUCCCACCACCACAUCCCCUUGCCCCUCUGCACCCCCCACCAGUGUCACUCCUAGUCCCCCAGCUGCUCCCACCUGUCAGGGAGUGCCUGGUGAGAAGCAGUUGCCUAGGCUCAUCAUCAGCAACUUCCUGAAGGCCAAGCAGAAGCCAGGCAGCACUACUAACCAGCAGCAGAAAAAGAGCCAGGCCCGGCUGGCCCCUGAGAUCGUGUCUGCCUCCCAGUACAGCAAGUUCGAUGAGUUCCAGACCGGCAUUCUCAUCUACGAACUCCUCCACCAGCCCAACCCCUUUGAGGUGCGGACCCAGCUUCGGGAACAGGACUACCGAAGGGAAGACCUGCCCCCGCUUCCCACCCUGUCCCUCUACUCACCUGGCCUGCAGCAGCUGGCCCACCUGCUGCUCGAGGCUGACCCCAUCAAGCGCAUCCGCAUAGGCGAGGCCAAGAGGGUGCUGCAGUGCUUGCUGUGGGGGCCCCGACGGGAGCUGGUGGAGCAACCAGGCACCUCUGAGGAGGUGCUGUGCAGCACCCUGCAUAACUGGAUUGACAUGAAGAGGGCCCUGAUGAUGAUGAAGUUCGCAGAGAAGGCUGUGGACCGCAGGCGAGGGGUGGAGCUAGAGGACUGGCUUUGCUGCCAGUACCUGGCGUCUGCUGAGCCUGGAGCCCUCUUGCAAUCACUGAAGCUCCUGCAGCUUCUAUGAGCAAAGCCCCCAGCCUGCACUUUGACUGCCCGCUUCUAUGCCUUCCCCUGUACCCAUGCCUUGCCUUGGAAACAUCCAUGUCUCCCUGGGAAAUGGUACAAAUGACUGUCAUACUUGGAUGUAAAAUAUAUGUAAAAAUAAUAUAUAAAUUUGAAAGACUAAGGACAUCAUGGCCCAUUCUAGCCUCCCCUCCUCACCAAGACCCCCCGCCACCCCUCUUUCUCCCACAAUAAUGUACAUUUCUAGCUCAGUGCAAGGAAUGAAGUUCUGCCAGCAGACUGAAGCCUGGACUCUGGCCUCACUAUCCCAUUAUGGAACCUCUUCACCCUCUUGUCAAGUUGUUAUUUAAACCACAAUAAAAAAAAAAUUAAAAAGAAA